AUGGAAAGGAAGCGAUCAACGCGGAGACACAGGAGAUACAGGCGACCGUGGCUGAAAAAAUGCAGGGAAUUUUUCAGACAAUUUAUUGCCUUUUUGUUUAGCAACGUCGGGAUUAUUGGCCUGGUGGUUGGGUAUACAAUAGCAGGAUCAUUUAUAUUCAUGACAAUCGAAGGGAAACACAUUCCGAAGAUGAAGCUGGAAGUCAGGAAUAACAGAAGUUUGUAUGCCACCAGACUUUGGAACAUAACAAUGAAACUUAAUUCCCAGGUGAUGAACAAGGAAGAAUAUAUGAAGACAAUGGCCGAAGAGUUAUUCAAGUACCAGCAAGUGAUAGUGAAUUUCACCAGGAGGGGAUAUGAUGGUACUGAUGAUGACUAUUCAGCUCAAUGGAGUUUCGCUGGAGCGUUCCUCUAUUCUUUGACAGUGAUCACCACAAUUGGCUACGGCAACAUAUUUCCCCACACCCCAGUGGGCAAGAUCACCACCAUCGUGUACGCCAUCAUCGGCAUGCCGCUGUUUCUACUAUACCUCAGCAACAUCGGCGACAUCAUGGCUCGUUCCUUCAAGUGGGUGUACGCCAACUGUUGCCUGUGUAGAUGGUGCCCGGGCGUAGCACGGCGCAGGGCACUGAGGAAGGUCCGCAGAGAGCAGAAACUUGGCAUGGAUAGCGAGAGCGGGAGCGAUGGGAGCAGAGGAUCCAGCGAGGCGUCCAGCGAAAGUGUCGAGAUAAACAUUCCAAUUGAACUGCCUGGAGUAAGAGAUUCUCUAGGGAGUGAAGCACUGACUGCGUAUAGCGAUGAAGCUUAUGAAAACGUCAGUGUACCUGUGACCAUUUGCUUAGCAAUAAUGGUGGGAUACAUCUGUGGUGGAGCACUUCUCUUCUGCAAGUGGGAGGAACACUGGUCUUUCUUGGAUGCGUCUUAUUUCUGUUUCAUAUCCCUCAGUACCAUAGGAUUCGGCGAUUUGGUUCCAGGUGAUAAGAUAUAUGGACGAGGCACUGAUUUCUACAAGGAUGUCUUGGAAGUCAGUUUCGUUUUUUGUUCCAUUUAUCUCAUGCUGGGCAUGGCAUUGAUCGCUAUGUGUUUCAAUUUGAUGCAGGAAGAGGUCAUUCACAAAAUCCGCACCACGAUCGACACCAUAAAAUAUAUCCUUGGCUGUAACAGAUGA